CCAUCACAGCAUCCACAAACCAAUCAACUUAAUUAGUAACAUUAAUUACUGCAUAGAUAUAGAAAAGCAAAAUGGCACACUAUAUGUAUGCAAUGGGCAUGAAAUGUGGAUCGGGAGGGCUACUUGUUCUUCUUGCGGCUGCUGCAUUUGCAUGCAUGUUUGCUGCUGCAACGCCAACCAAGAACUGCACUACUGGUUACAAUGCAGGAAGCACCGCCUGGAACCACACUAACAGCGGCUUCUGGGGUUUUGCCGGACGCAAAAAUGCGACUCUGGGCAGUUCCAGGAGGAUCAUCGUUGGGGGGUCGGAGCAGAACUGGCGUUUUGGGUUCAAUUACACCGACUGGGCGAUCAAGAAUGCUCCCUUUUACUUGAACGACACUUUAGUUUUCAAGUACGAUCCGCCAAACGACACCACAUUCCCCCACAGUGUCUACUUGCUACCCAACUUUUGGAGUUUCCAAAACUGCGACCUCAAAAGAGCAAAGAAGAUCGGAGAAGUGAGCGAUGGAGGUGGGGACGGUUUCGAGUUCGUGUUGAAGAGAUGGCAGCCACACUACUUUGCAUGUGGGGAAAGGGACGGAUUCCACUGCAAGGUUGGACUAAUGAAGUUCGGAGUCUGGCCCUUGAUCCCUGGGUAUAACUAAACUAUUGAUUAGCCAAACAUGACGUUGUCAACCGUCGCAUUUUACUUGAAAUCCGUGGCUAUUUCUGAUUUGGGUUUUGUUUUAGUCUUUGACAAAUAAUGGGGAGGGGAGGUGUGUUUGUUUCUUGUCUUUGGUAGCACAGACAUGAUUCUUGUUGUAUUGGCAUUCAAGUUUGAAAUUCAAUAAAAUUAUUUAUAUGGACUUUACCUUUAUA